UGGACCAUAAGAGUUAGAUGCCAGCAAAUGUAAACCAUAGUGUUCUGAUUUGUUUUCCAACCUUGCACUUAAACUUCAAGGACACCUUAACACCUCCACAUUCCAGUUGGCAACUCCUUCAAUUUCCCUAUAGCAUUUUCCCAGGUUGUUGCUUUAUCAAUUUACCUGGUAAGAUAAGGUCAAGUAAAUGAAUAACAUGGCUCAAAGAUAAACUGUCAAUCACAACUUCCACAUUUCUCAUUACAUAACAUUUUACUUUGAUCUAACAUAUCCUCAAUAGGACUAUGUUCAUCAACCAGACAACAUUUGAUUGUGUGACCUGCUAGUAUUGGUCUGCAGGACAUUUGAAAUGAGUGUGUUUUUGAUACAUGAAGAAUCCUAAACCACUCUGCCGUUGUGGUAGCCAGACAUCUGAUGCUUAUGAAUCUGAGGGAAAAGUUCAAUCCACCUAGCUACGUUCUCCUUGAUCGAAGAAGGACAAAACUGAUAUGUUUAGGUCCGGACACAAAUGAAGCAUACUCAGACUCCACCUCCAUCCCUGGUUCAGAGGGCCCCGUGAAGCUGCUUAACCACAGGCCCCUUCGGCGGGAGAAGCGUUGUUCCUGUGAGAACCUGAAGGAUAGAGAAUGUGUGUACUUCUGCCACAUCGGCAUCGUCUGGGUCAACACUCCUGGUCAGAUAGUGCCAUAUGGAGUGGGCUCUUUCCCUGUUCGACUGAGGAGAGAGGUGGGACGGUGCUUCUGCACGGAGAGAAAUGACUUGGAGUGUCGUCACUUCUGCUCUGCCUUGCGGACACUCAAAGAAGGUGAAAAUGAUUUGGUCAAGAGGAAGUUUGCGACAAAGUUUAAGAAGAGAUAUAAGGCUGGAAUCUCGGAUGAAAGGAACCAACAAACACUAAUUCAAGAAACCUGAAAGGAGAGAAUGGACACCACCCUCGUUCCAUGUGUCAUCCACUUUCAUUGGUCUCUUUUACAAUACGAUGCAAAAGAACAUUGUACAAUGGUGGCCUGUGUCUGAAAUGUAUUUAUGAAAUUAUGUCGUAACUUUGCCUUCUUUUUGUCAUUGUGAAUAAUUUUUGAAUGAUUUUAUUGCUGUACAUAAAUAUUUCCACUUUACAACAUUACAGUACAUACAUAAUUUUGAAAUCAGAUAUUGUUACAUUAAUGCAGAAAUGAUCAGUAUUAAGAGAGUAAAUGUAAAUGUCUUGUAUCUCUGUCAAAAGUAUCUGUCAUUUUAACAUGUUUUGACCACUUACAUCCAUUGGACAUGUUUUCUGUCAUGAAGUUUGAAAGUGAAAGAUGUAGAUGCAAAGCAAUGCUGUUCGUUGUUCUUCACAGUGAGUUAUAUGCCAAGCCAGACAGGAAAUAAACUGUGUGAUCUAGGACAGGUGGGUUAUUGUACAAUAUAGCCAAAAGUAAAACAUUUACAGUUGAAGUCAGAAGUUUACAGACACUUAGGUUGGUGUCAUUAAAACUCAUUUUUCAACCACUCUACAAACUUCUUGUUAACAAACUAUAGUUUUGGCAAGUCGGUUAGGACAUCUACUUUGUGCAUGACACAAGUCAUUUUUCCAACAAUUGUUUAGCAAGGAAGAAACCACUGCUCCAAAACCACCAUAAUAAACUCCAGACUACGGUUUGCAACUGCACAUGGGGACAAAGAUUGCACUUUUUGGAGAAAUGUCCUCUGGUCUGAUGGAACAAUAUAGAACUGUUUGGCCAUAAUGACCAUCGUUAUGUUUGGAGGAAAAGGGGGGAUGCUUGCAAGCCGAAGAACACCAUCCCAACCGUGAAGCAUGGGGGUGGCAGCAGCAAUUUUUGGGUGCAAGGAGGUCUACAAACCUGACUCAGUUACACCAGCUCUGUUAGUAGGAAUGAGCCUAAAUUCACCCAACCUAUUGUGGGAAGCUUGUGGAAGGCUACCUGAAACAUUUGACCCAAGUUAAACAAUUUAAAGGCAAAGCUACUAAAUACUAAUUGAGUGUAUGUAAACUUCUGACCCACUGGGAAUGUGAUGAAAGAAAUAAGAGCUGAAAUAAAUCAUUCUCUCUACUAUUAUUCUGACAUUUCACAUUCUUAAAAUAGAUUGGUGAUCCUAACUGACCUAAAAAAUGUUUUUUUUACUAGGAUUAAAUGUCAGGAAUUGUGAAAAACUGAGUUUAAAUGUAGUUGACUAAGGUGUAUGUAAACUUCUGACUUCAACUGUAUAUUGUUUCAUAGAUGAUUUUAUAGCUAAUACAUGACAACAUACCCUAUAUCCUUGUGGUUUUAUGGCACAUUAUAUACAGCAUGCAUGCCUUACAAUGGAGUAACUCAUUGACUGAACGCCCUAGCCUGUCCAGCAUUUAUGGAGCAGAAGAAGAGUGGCUGUCAUCCAAUCAUCAUCCCCCUCCUUUCCUCUGCUCACCUUACAGUCAGGUCGAGCAUUGCUUUGGGGAUCAGAGAUGGACCUUGUCCUCUCUGUGCUCCCUGCUGACCAUUUCUCUGUCAGCCUGAAGAAGCCUGUAGGACCGCUGGAUUGAACAUGAUUACACCCUCAGCCCUAUCUAGUCUUCUCCCACAAUGCUGUGCUCACAGCUCACAGGAAAAUAACUCUGUUCCGUUGGAUAUUGGGCCAUGGUGUCUCAAUGCAUGAUUUGUGGCUUUAUGCUACUGCAAUUUCUUCAACUUUGCUCUCAUAUUGUUUACAGUGUUGUUUGCAAUGUUUUGUUAUAGAUUACUGCGGUACAUCCAACCGUCCCAUGAGGAUAAUCAAGUAGGACAAAUUCUACACACAACAUAAACAAACAUAUAAA